AUGGUGUCUCCAAAGGGUCUUCUGGAAGAGCAAGUUCCCCCUCUCACCUUGUUCCAGCUGAAACCAGGCGGGAGCUGCAGCGCUGAUUGGUCAGUACAGCUGUCGCUUACAGUGAGUUCGAGGGUCAGGGGGCGCGAAGUUCCAGAUGCUGCUAGGUGUUCAAUGAUAGUACUUCUCCAUACCACAGCAGGAAAGCUUCACCUGAAAUUACUCUCUCGAGUGAGGAAUACUCUGCACUCCCCUCUACUGCGUGGCAUUUUCCAGGGGUGCGGCUCCACUACAACCGGGAAACUGGCGUCUCACGGCUUUGCUUCCAUGGCAGCAAUGUCAUCCUUUCCCCCACAGAGGUAUCACUACUUCCUAGUGCUGGAUUUUGAGGCCACGUGUGACAAACCGCAGAUCCACCCCCAGGAGAUCAUUGAGUUCCCCAUCCUGAAGCUAAAUGGCAGGACAAUGGAGAUCGAAUCCACCUUCCACAUGUACGUGCAGCCAGUGGUCCAUCCACAGCUUACACCCUUCUGCACAGAGCUGACUGGAAUUAUUCAAGCCAUGGUGGAUGGGCAGCCCAGUCUGCAGCAAGUGCUUGAGAGGGUCGAUGAGUGGAUGGCAAAGGAAGGCCUCUUGGAUCCCAGCGUCAAGUCGAUUUUUGUAACCUGUGGAGACUGGGACUUGAAAGUAAUGUUACCUGGACAAUGCCAGUACUUAGGGCUUCCAGUUGCUGAUUACUUCAAACAGUGGAUUAAUCUCAAAAAGGCAUACAGCUUUGCAAUGGGGAGCUGGCCAAAGAACGGACUCUUAGACAUGAACAAAGGCCUGAACCUACAGCACAUAGGAAGGCCUCACAGUGGGAUAGAUGACUGCAAGAACAUUGCCAACAUCAUGAAGACACUGGCCCACAGAGGGUUCAUCUUCAAGCAGACCUCCAAGCCCUUUUGAUCUCCGGGGCCGGCCGGACAGGGCUGCAUGCGGCUGGCUCCUGCUACAUGGGUGUGAUGGGCUGGAGUGUUCGAACGACAGAAAGAGGACAGAGGAACGAGCAACCCCACGACUCCGUCAGUUUUGCUGUUCUGCCAGUAGAGGCUGUAUAUAUGGGACUGGAAUCUCUGUGUAGGCCUGACGUGACUCCCUCUCUGGGGCCGGCUGCCUGCCCGGCCUCGCCUGGCCUAGCCUGCAGCCCCCUAGGGUGCUUGCUCCACAUGGUUAGAGAUGUAGAUUGUUUUCCCUUUUGUUGGCUUCUGAUUUCCAUUGGCGUCUUUCUCUUUCUCUCUCUUUCUCCGCUCACGUUUGCGCCUGUAGCAAGACCAUGGCGCAAUGUUUGGGGCAUUUGCCCUUAUUAUUUCAAGUCCAAUAUCACAACAGCUGCCGUCAAGCCCCCCCCUUUUCCCGUGUGAAUCUGUUACUGUGUCUUCUGCGUGUCAGCUAAAUAUUGACUGAGCAGCAUUCAGACAGCCCCCCCUCUUUCUUCAGCAGGCUCGCUCUCCCCAGCCCACCCCCCUCUGUUUUAAGCAAACACUAACCCUCUUAUUCGUCCUGUAUGUGACUAAGGAAGCUCGGCUCUUUCUGUUCAAGGUGAAGUGCCUGUAUUCCCCGCCCACCAGAGGCCACCUAUCUCCCUGGGACUCUGUUCAGCAGGGGCUGUCAUAGGCUGGAGCAUCCUGGUUGAUGCUUGCCACCGUGUACAGCAUUCCUUGCUCCUUCCGUCUUCGCUCAUGCCUCCUCCAGGCAUGAUGUCCCUUGCUGUGCAUCCAUCCAGCGCUUGCGCAUGGCCCUCAUCGAGCAUGCAGUCCAUUGCAGGCAGUGGACAUACCCAUCACUGCUAGCCUGGUAGUGGCUAUGUAUUCCCAGCCUCGGUUCCUGGCAGGGCU